GGGAGGAGUGUAGCUAGUGCGGGAUCCCCACUUGUUGUGUGUGAACCAGCGCUCUGACACUCGCCCCAUUAACCACACCAGUGUUGGAGUUCCAGUCAAUUAUUCUGGUGGCAGUAAGGCUUCGCGGUCCACUGUGAUUGUGAGGGGCUCCAGAGAUUGUGAGAUAGCUCCAGAGAUUGUGAGGGGCUCCAGAGAUUGUGAGAUAGCUCCAGAGAUUGUGAGGGGCCUCCAGAUAUUGUGAGUUAAAGGACGUGGCGGAGAGAGAGUGUAGUGUGAGAAGCGGGCUCUGGCGCACUGGGCCACCAGCCCCGUGUGUGUGAAUGGCGAGCCACUACCAGUGAAAGUUGUGUCGGCCCGCCCAGGUAGAAAGUGGUUGGACGUGUUGGCUGAUCCCCCGGGGAUACCCACGCGCCUACACCUGUCGCACCACGCGACUUCAACACCUACAACACGCCUCUUGGCCUUCUGCACCUGUAGUCUUGCUGUCGUUCAUGUCUGCAGUACCUUCUCCAGCUGCUUGAUGCAGUGACAAGAGCUGUCACACACCUGUAGCGUGACCUUACACACACGUGUAGUGCUUGCCUGAAGGCCGUGUGGUACACCUGUCACAGGACCCUCUCGUAGCUGCAGCAGUCCCGGACAAUAUGCAGCACAUCACCGCGAUACAGAACCAAUGCAUUGAUGUGUGAAGCUCAGGUACUAUGUAAUUUGUAUUCUGACACACCUGAGCCACGCCUCUCACAGUCAUCCUUGCUUGUGAAACACCAGCGCUGCAUACCUCACCUGUGGACACCAGCGGAGUACCCACAUCCCUCAUACAUCCUGCAGGAGGUGCAGGCCGGGAGGUGGUCGAGGCUGGGCCAUGCUGAAUGAUUAUCUUAUCUUAUCAUCCCACUUAUUAUAACUGAUAAAUAUUUCUACCGUUUGUGAGUGGUGACUGGCAGGGAGCGUGACCACACCACCAGGGUGACAGAGAUUGAUACUGGGAAGAGUGGAGUUCAUGUGGAGUGCAGGUGAGAGGUGGAGCGUUGUGCUGGAGUAGAACACCCGCCCGGCCUCUCACGCCUCCCAAUGACACCACGUGUGUUGCCUGCUACCGCCAGUGUGGCUUCUGUGUCCGCAGUGAUUACUUCUGUGAUAUAGUGCGCUCAUCGGAGCUUCACUAUACCUUAUGAAAUGGGUAGUGCAGAGUAGCGUGUGUAGCGCAGAGCAGCGUGUGUAGUGGGGGAGCAGCGUGUGUAGCGCAGAGCAGCGUGUGUAGUGGGGGAGCAGUGUGUGUAGUGGGGAGCAGUGUGUGUAGUGGGGGAGCAGCGUGUGCAGUGGGGGAGCAGCGUGUGUAGUGGGGAGCAGUGUGUGUAGUGGGGAGCAGAGUGAGGGGAGGAGGCACGGUGCACCUCAGCAGUCAGCCGCCGUGACCGCUGACCCAUAUUCGCGCACUGUGCCACAGCUGUUGCUGCUGUAGGUACCAGUACUCACCUGUACACGUGCUCAGGUUGAUUACUGGUGGGAGCAGUGUGUUGUUGCCCCGUCCCGCGGCGGUGACCACGUGCGGCAGGUCUCCUCGCCCGUCCCGCGGCGGUGACCACGUGCGGCAGGCCUCCUCGCCCGUCCCGCGGCGGUGACCACGUGCGGCAGGUCUCCUCGCCCGUCCCGCGGCGGUGACCACGUGCGGCAGGUCUCCUCGCCCGUCCCGCGGCGGUGACCACGUGCGGCAGGCCUCCUCGCCCGUCCCGCGGCGGUGACCACGUGCGGCAGGUCUCCUCGCCCGUCCCGCGGCGGUGACCACGUGCGGCAGGCCUCCUCGCCCGUCCCGCGGCGGUGACCACGUGCGGCAGGUCUCCUCGCCCGUCCCGCGGCGGUGACCACGUGCGGCAGGUCUCCUCGCCCGUCACGCGGCGGUGACCACGUGCGGCAGGUCUCCUCGCCCGUCACGCGGCGGUGACCACGUGCGGCAGGUCUCCUCGCCCGUCCCGCGGCGGUGACCACGUGCGGAAGGUCUCCUCGCCCGUCCCGCGGCGGUGACCACGUGCGGCAGGCCUCCUCGCCCGUCCCGCGGCGGUGACCACGUGCGGCAGGUCUCCUCGCCCGUCCCGCGGCGGUGGCCACGUGCGGCAGGCCUCCUCGCCCGUGGCAGCGGCGAGGGCCAGGAGGGCCGGCCACCCAGGCAUGAGGGGCGGCAACAAGUGGGUGGUGUGGGCGGCGCGGCCUGGCGGUCCCUGACGGAGUGAGAUGCACGCCCAUACACUCUUGCACGCCCCCGCUAUGGCCACCCUCUACCACACCGCCCACGACCCACGCCCGCCCACACCGCCCUCCUCCCCGCCCCCCCUCGACGACAAGGUGUACAGCAGGACCUACAACAGUGUUAUAAGCUACAACUGCCAGGACGGCGGGAGAUGCGAGGCGGGGUUCGAGUCGUGGCCGGGGGCGGCGCUGAAGGAGAGGGAGACUCGAGCAAGCACAAGAAGUAUUGAGAGGUCAUCACUAGCGUGCGAGGGUGAGGGCGCGUGCGAGGGCGGCCAGGAGGCUGCUGCCAGGGAAGACGUGGUAUUGAUCCGUGACGAGGUGUGCGCAGCGGCGAGGGGGAUCACCAGUGCUACGGUGGGAGGUGGCGAGCACGCAGCAGCGUCGCGCCGCUCCUGCUGCCAUGACGCAGGGCGCGCAGCAGUGCUCAGUGCAGCAGCUUGUGGCGAGUGUGUGAUGAAACAUAAGUGCGGGGCGUUGCUGACUCUCCACGACCACGCUGACCACGCAAAGUCCAAUGCCUCUAUGGCGGCUUCCGACGCCCCCCUUCAGCAGCAGCCUGCUGGCUCGGGAAGUGCUAUGGUCACCAGCAGCAGCAGCAGCAGCAGCAGCAGCGGUGCCCCUCUGCGCUCAGCCCUCAAGCGCGCGGGCCAGAAGAGCAGAGGGCACCGCGUCUGCAUUAACGAGGCUAAAAAUGAGUGUUUAGAGGCCGACUAUGUGAUUGUUGUGCACGAGGAGAGUGAACCGCAACUGGUGUCAAUCAGGUCGUUUGACCUGAGCCUGGCGCCGGGGUCAGCAGGUGUGGAGCAGGUCACACUCUCCCCACCUGAAGGAUACAAGGACUGCUUCACUCACGCUCUCCAUGACACCAUCCUCGACGACUCAGGUGUGUGCGACCUGGCCAGCGAGGGCGGCCACCUCACCACUAUGGCCAGAGCUGAGAUCUACUGUAUAGUGAACGGCCUUCAUGCAGCAGUGAGAGCAAGGUCGACCCUGGCAGAUACCGAGUCUGGAAGUGGUGACGGGUUAGUGGAUCCUGAUGCACCGAGACCUCAUUUGCCAGACCUGGUCACUCACAGGACUCCACUGACACAGCUGACGGUGGAGAACGUCCGUCAUCAUGACCAGUUGAUGCAGGGGCACGAACAGGACUCUGCUGAUCCGAAGGUGGCUAAGACUGGCAUUCUGAAGGGUGGGAAGCUUUGGAAGAACGGUGACAGUAAAAAGACUAAAGCCAAAGUAGAGGAGGAGGAGGUGGAUGAGCCCCGGCGCUCAGUGAGGUUCUCUGGGAGGGACGAGUACAGCCUUUUGGAAAACCUGCCCCUAGACAAGAUACCUCUAGACGCUGCCAAUUCAGCUGCACUGGCAAGGUUCAUGCCAAAACUGAGAGAGCUAGGGAUGCUGCUUGGGGAGGGCCGUGAAGACUGGCAUGUGGAACUCAGCCCUAUCAAGGCAGAGCCUGAUGGGGGACCUGGGAUGACAAAUGCUGACAAUUCAGUUGAGGAUCAGCAAAAACAGCUUCCACCACCAAUGGAUGAUGAGCAAAUCAAGGAAUCUAUGCAACGGUAUGAUGAAAUGAGACGUCGUAUUGCAGCCGCAGAAGGUCGUGAUAACACCAGCGUGUGCAGUGAUGAAUCAAAAAGUUCAUCAGAUUCUCAGUCUUCAGAUUCAACCAUGACUGAGACGAGAAUCCGUAGGCUAGAGAAUGCUGAUAUAGCACAUGUGGCUGGCGGUGUUAUGCGAAGCAACAGCGAAGUGAGGAGAGCCAUUGAGCGUAAUGCACUUAGGCGAUCCCUUAUUCGCUUUUCUGAUGCUCGCAAGAAAGAUACAAAUAAGAAUGACAAAAGUGACAAGGUAGAAACAUCAUUGUUAGAGAAGUUGAAGUGGCUCACUGCUUCAGAAGAUGCAACUAAUGGGAACUCUGAGCACAAAGACGAUGAUGAGGACCAAGAGGGUGAUGAAGACCAAGAUGAACAUGACUCCUCAAAGUCCCUUGAUCCCAAGGUACAAGAAACUAUUGCUCAAUAUCGAAAAUUGGCAGAGAUGUUUAACAAAACCACAUCACUACGUGCAACUGAUAUCCUAGUACCACGUGAUGUACGAGAAUGGAAGCUCCAAGCAGACCUCUUCCCAGACAUCAAAGGACCUUCACUGGAUUCCGAAGGUGAUGAAUUAACUGAGACCCACUCAGGGUCUACAACACCGACAGUGUUCCAGGCUAUUCCAGCUGUCUCCAUAGCUGACCUUAUUUCUGAUGAAGAAAAUGACAAACUCAUUUAUAGUGGAGGAGUAAGAUAUACUAGAGAGGGAACAUUACCACCAGCAUCUGAAGAUGGUGAAGAGGUGGAAGAAGGUCAGCAAGCCCCAACGUCUGGAGCAACAACUUCAGAUGUAAGGAAGCAAUUCCUUUCGCAAAUGUCAAGCCAUUCGGGUGUGCCAAUAAUUAAUGGAAUUUCUGCCCAUCCUGGUGAUCGCUCUUCACUUGCAUCAAACUCAGAUUCCUACACAUUUGACGAUAUUGAUGAAGCUCUGCAUGACGAUCGGUCAUCAUCAGUACCUUCAUCAUCACAGUCAUCACCACGUCUCUCAGGAAAGAGUGAUAUGGAUGGCACAAGCACAACAGAGAGUGGCUAUAGUAGCAAUGAGACAAAUGGAGAACUAUGUCCAGUAAAUGGUCUACCAAUGAGUGGAGCACAAAUACUAGGGUUACCAGCAGGUGGUGUUGACAUAGAUGAGCUAGCUGAAUUUGUGCGCCAGGAUGCAGGUCGUAUGGAGCGGCUCCGGCGCCGUUACGAUGCUGGAGAAUUAGAGGAUCAUGGCUUUAUUAGGCGGCCAUCGGUAAGAGGUAUUAAACCUCGAUUUGGGUCAACUACAGACCUUUUAAAACAAAUGGCAACACAGUUAACACCACCUACUAUGGCCCAACCCGGGAUGGCUGGUUCACACAUGACUUGGCCAUACCGGGAUGUUGGAGAUGAGGAUUCUGGACCACCUCAACGUCGCAGAGCGUCCACCAACAGGGCAGUUCUUCCUGCCUUACAAGAGGACAUGCUUUAUGUACCUACAUCUGACCUCUCUCCUCAAGCUUCCCCCUUGUCUUCUACAUCUUCUGCCACAAUUACUUCUCUUACGCACACAAAGGCACCACGGGUUGUCCACGUGUAUGCUAGUACAGGAGAUUUAAGAGGUCCACCGCCACCACGAUUGGUAAUUCCAAGAGAAUCCCCUCCACCAGAUUUAAUCCGACCUGGUGUAGCACCAGUCCCUGUUAGAGCACACAGCCUUUCCUUGUCUCAAGGACCUCUAGAUGGACCCAUGCAGGGCAUGAUUAUGGCUCCUCAAAUGCCCACUCCAGUUGUACAUGAACAUCAUUACCAAACUUGCAGAAGGCCUGCUUCUGUGCAUGGCCAUUUACCUCCAGAUUCUUUAGUUACAAGGGGUUUGCUUCAACCACCAGCUACGAGGCCCCACUCCUCACUAUCUCACUACCCAAACCCACGUGUCCCUGUGCAUUACCAUCCAUACGAAGAGCCACCACCAGCCCGUGCCUCAUAUGAAGGUGGCCACCCACCUCUGGCCCAGCGUGGAUCUUACCCUGGAACUAUCCCUGCCCCAAUUCCUUCUCACUACCAGCCACCCAUGAUCCCUCAUGAUCCAGCAAGAUAUCCAAAUCCUCCUCCCUAUGGUUCUCAGCACCCACACUCUCGACCAUUAAUAACAUCACCGAGAGAAGGAGCGCCUUAUGCACGCACAGUGCAUCCACAAAUGCACUCUGUACCCCAGGUAUCCUCCAUGCCUAUAGGAUCUGUACAAGUGCACCAAUGUGGACCAAGACACCCUCCACAUGCAAGAUUGGUUGGUGGUGGGACUGUCACAGAUCAAGCAUGUUCACCAGUUUGGUCUCACCAGCAAUCACUACCACCUCACCCACAUAUUCACCAGAACUACCUGCCCCAUACUGUAUCUAGUCACCUGAGCUACACCACACCUAUAGUGCCAGAAAGUAUCUCUUCAACACGACCUUCAGGAACAACUGCUGGGCCUAUGAUUAAUGGUAGUGUUGGAAAGCUAGAAGUGCUAAGAGAUGAACGAGGUGUUCCCGAGGGAGCGUCGUCAUCUCCUCGUGGCCCUGUAGACCCUCAGUAUACACCUUCUCAUGGCUCCCCGACCCGUGAUGCUGCCCUCAUGCAUCGACUUCCCCCGCCAGUCAACAUGACCUGAGUGCCUCCUCCACCACUCGGGUAGACAAAUGUAGUCAGGUGUGGUUGAUCCCUCACCCGGCCAAGUUCAGGACCCAGCCUUGAGCCCAGUUCCAGCCCAGCACUUGCUGGUAACACCCAGCUCCAGCCCUGAACAGGAGGAUAGUGACUAGGUGUGCUUGUCAGUCACGAAUCCACUGACAAGCUCCUGUUUAUUUAAUAAAUGAAAGUGCUCAUUUUUAAGAUGGUGUUAAAGCCAAAAGAAUGUGUUUUAUAUUGUGAAAAUGUAGGGAUGCCAAAUUCUUAUGUUGGCAAAUGUUCUUUCGGUGUCUUCCCGAGUGAUUUGUGAAAAGAUACGAGUUGCCAAACUAUUUAUGACCAAAUGUACUUGCCAAAAUUGUUGACAGUGCACACACUUCAAAAUGCUGGAACUAUUUUGUUAUGACAGUGAGAGGUAAAGACAAUCUUCCCUGAUAUUAUUUUCUUGCUCUAGUAAAAAACUAAUAACCUACUUAAUGUAUUAUAUAAAGUUUCCAGUAGGGUGCAUGUGACAAUAUGUAGAUGUCUUUUACAAUUUAUGUGAAUGAAGCUCUUUUGUAUAUCAGAAAGAAUACUGUACCUCCUAAAUAAACAGGAAGGGAAUAUUUUUCGUUACGAUUCAUAGCAACUGAAGACAUAUUCAGAAGUACGAGUCAUGGUACAGUGAUGCAGCGGCCGGCCUCUACGCUCCUUCUGUCCUCUUCCACACUUUACCAAUUAUAUGUACACGUCUGUGUGCAUAUAUUUAUUUCACAGAUUAUAGCGUGCACAUAUUUUUUUUAGUUUGUAUAGAAUUCUUCCUAUGAGUAUGAGAUGAUUUUUUUUUAAUUACCAUUAUGGCACACUCAGUUGAAUAAUGCAUAUUUUUCUACAAAAAGUGUAACAUUUAUGUUCCUGAGAAUAUUUUAUAAAUGUUUUAAGGCCUUAAAAUAUAUAUAUAUAUAUAUUUUAAUGUUUUUAGGGAUUUCUUUAUUGAUCUGGCAUUUUCUCUAGGAAGAAAAUGUCUUGAUUAUUUAGCUCUGGUUUUCUAAGCAUGCAUCUGGUGUCAUGGAUUAUCACUCCCUGUCUUUUACAAGCAACAUAAAAGAUAAGUCUUCCAGGGUUUGAAUGUCUAAUCCAUAAACAUCAUGGUGUUAGGCACUAACAAUCUCUGUGUGACACGCUAGAAAUGAUGGAGGAGGCACUUGGCCACACACUGGUUUUACUCGGAGCACUUUUCUCAAACUCGGCCCUAGCUUUCUUGUCGCAGUAUUUUCCAGUAUCAGGGAAAUAAUGCUUGCGACUCCCAAUUGCUUUAUCUUCUGCCAUACUUGGACUGUGCUGGUGUAGCAAUAAUUGAAAUGAGAGUACAGAUUGUAUAUACUGUAUGUUGUACUUAAUAGCCAGAAUACACUACUUAAUCUAAUAUUCAAAGCCUGAUUUUCCUAACUGGCAGAGUGAUUUUUGUUAUUUUCAAAUCUUUUUUUUCAAAUUGAUUUAUUCCAAUUAAUAUUAAUACAGUAUAGUAUAUUAAUAACAUAAAUUACUGACUUUGGUGAGGUUUAAUAAAAUUUGUUACUUUUAACUCAAAAAAAUUGUAAUCAUAUACUUUAUAAUAUAAUAGAAAGCUUUAUAAUUCAAUAAGAAUAAUAUAUAAACAUUAAUUUUGGGAAAAUUCAGUUUGUUAGACACAUGGCUUAUUAGGUACAAUAUGACACAGUGUAUGUAUAUGUAUAUGUGUAUAUAUAUAUAUAUAUAUAUAUAUAUAUAUAUAUAUAUAUAUAUAUAUAUAUAUAUAUAUAUAUAUAUAAUAUACUGUAUAUCUAUAUGUAUAUACAGUAUAUAUAUAUAUGUUUAUACUGUAUAUAUAUGUAUAUCUUUCAUUAUUUCUACCAGGAGCUCAUCUGUGUGUAGGUUCAACUGUGGAAACAACAAUGUGAAGGGUCCGUGAGUCCUGAGUUCAGCUGCCGAGCCCGUGUGGAGUGUCACCUGGGAAGAGGCCUAACUUAAACUUCUUCAUUGUAAUAGUGGCGGAUAUUCAGGAAUUUUUAUACGAAGCAACCAGCUUUUAGAUACUGUUUAAUGUAAAUACACUGCACAUUUUUAUAUGCAUUCAUAUACUUUUGAAACAUAGCAUAAUCAAAAUGUGAAAAACCAUAUUUGAUGAAAGUUAUUACCUAAUGUAUUAAAGUACUAAGUGGACUAUUAUGAAUUUUACAAAAUAAUGAAGCAAAUUAGAUGACAUAACUGAACUAUUAAUUUUUAGAAAAAUGUUUAAAACUGUUUUGAUUAGCUUUAGAGCAAAGUAUUUUGUAAAUAUAAAAACAGGUCAACAGUCUUGAAGCAUAAGUUUAAUUUGUAACAAAUCAAGCUUUGAGUGUACAGAACUGUACUAUUUGUAUACUAAAAGCUUCUUUCCGAUUAGCAUGUUCGGUUUUUCCUUAAGGCUAAAUCCAACUUUCUCAUGGACACGGUUAUGUAAAGACAAGCCAGGUUUAACAAUAUGCACUAUGUAUCUUUUCAAGUUGUCCCUGCCAGGUCAUUCUGGUGACAGGGAGCCAUUGCAUGCAACUCAUUCGAGCUAGAAUGACCUACAACUGGGUACCUUGGCUUGAGUCCCGUUCCAUUCGAAACAGGCUCCAAAAGCACACUUAUGAGCAAUACUACUCGGUUGCUUCCUAUGGCUUUGCUCAUAGCAGAAACCCAAACAAAAUAAAAACAUGGUAAAACUCACCUGUUUUGCAGUGAUGCCUCGAGAAUCUACAAGAGUAAGAAGAGGCCAGCAGUCAAGGAAUUGAUCAUCUCGACACUCAGAUCCUACCAGAAGUGAUGCUUAUUUUCUGGAGGCUGGAAGAAAGCCUCCCAAAAAGGCUGAACACUCGUGCCUCAGGUGGAAAAUCUUGGAAACCUACUGAGACAUAAAUGUAUGGUUUCACUUCCAGAACUGGAAUCCUGAUGUCAGCAGAAGACAUUGCUCACAAAGAUUCCUUUAGUGUGGUGAAUGUCUGCAGUUAUUUUAGUUUGAAUAAGUGUGUAUAGUAGUACAGAGCAUCAUAGUGAAAUGAUUUAGGAAUAAUGACUCUGGCAAAGAAUGCCAAAGGGCACAGAUAACUGCACAAUAACAGCACAGGACCGACCACGCGGUGAACACUUGGAUGGAUAAACCAGACCCUAAAAUAUAAAGAACUCCCCCUCCAAGAUGUGUUUGACUCAUGUUCUGCCAGAGAGCAGUUUGGAUGGAGAUGCCUAAUAGUGAUCCAGGCUGAUGCAAGAUAGCAUGGAGCUCACUGACCCAAUUGCCAGUAGCAAGAGCUGCAAGUAAUGGUCUUAAGUAUGUCGUUGAAAGAGGGAGAAAUCCAAAACCUAUCAAGAAUCAGGAGAUCCAACACCUUAUUAAGGAUCCAACAGAUUAUGGGAAGGACUGGAAAGUUGAGGCCAAAGCAAGAUUGUAUUAGUCAUGAAAUGCCUGUUUAGAAAAAAAUAGUAAGAAAGGACAGGAAUAGAAAUAAGUAUGUGGCAUGGCACAAGAAACCCACUGAUGAGAAGAGGCCCUAAUGUGUUCCCUAUAGUAUCGGCAAUACACCCUAGAAACUCCCCAUGUGAAGAUUGGUGGAGUGCCAGGAAGUGUUGGUAUGACACCAAUGGCUGAUCUGUGUUUGGAAAACACGGUAAUAAUUUUGGGACACCUCAGUCUAAUUAUUUAGUCGAAUGAUUAAACUCCAGAAACAGACAUUGACUUGUCAACACACACACAUUCCAUUGCCAGAAACAUAACCCCAGAAACCCCAACAUAAAUGUUUUAAGGAUGAUCAACAAAUACUUAACUGAAUUCUGAUCUCCAUCUGCCAAUAUGCCACAUGGGGACUAGCCAGGUUGAAUGUGCAGGUGCUGCUACCAGUUAGCAGUUAGGAAGGUGACUGAGUGAGCCAAUAAGAAGCUGGUGAGAAAGCUCUUUGGUCACUGAUGCAAGGUAUUGCUUAGAAAGGAUUUAAGUGCAUAUUAAUUUAGAGGUCUUUCUAAGCUCAGUUACGUAUUCUUCAGUGUCUCCCUAGCACCAAUAUGACUAAAAUAUGACGGUUUGAAAGGAUCCCUGCUGGGUUAGUGUGGAUUUUUUAACCAACCCUGACCGAGCAUGGUCCUGUCCAUGGGACCAACAUGAUCUAGCCUUAUGCAGAAAUUGAAUGAAAUAGCUCAGAAAAACUUCCUUCUUAGGCAAUGAACUUAAAUACAGUACUGUAAUCAAAAUUGUUUCCAUGCAUUCACAAAGUUUUGUUUGCAUACAUAAACAGUUAUAUAUAUAGUUUAGAUAAUCAAACAGAACCAAAGACUAGGUUUAGGAAAAGAAAAGUAUAAUUUAGUCUUGCAGAACAGACCAAAGUUACCGAGCCUUCCAAUAUUCCUUAGCAAUAAAGAAGGAAUACCAAUGUUUCAACCGAGUCUUUAAACAUUUUGAGAGGUCUGUGAGCAUUUUGAUGUGGCUAAGUGGCAUCACUGUACCUGACACGCUAGUGCUCACAAGCUAGGACGGAGUUCACAAGCUAGUGUGGAGCUCACAAGCGAAGAUGGAGCUCACAAACUAAGACGAAGCUCACAAACUCGACAACUAUCAGUGUAUUGGUAGCCAUCUGUAACACAAGCCACACAUCAAACUGAUCGAUUCUCAUUUUCAUUCAGUUUUAUUUGGUAAUGCUAAGCUUUAAUUGCUGUACCCCGUAACUAAAUUAUAUUUUUACUAAACUGUAAUGUGAUUUAAGGCAUUUACAGUAUUAGCUGCUCCUGUAAUUGUAGAUUUCCAUGUUCUGUACUGUAAUACCUAAAGCAGCGCACAGUGCUAUUUUUUUUUAUAAAGCCUCAGUACUGUGCUUCAAAAGUUUCCAUUUGAUCUUUUCUUACAAGAAGCAUUACAUAUUUUAAAGAAAAUUCUCAGACUUUUGAAGAAAGAACAUUCUACUAAAUUUAUUUUGAAUUACUGUAUAUCUAAUUUAAUUUGUUUGUAAAAAUUUGUUCACAUUGAUUAAUAAAAUGUUACAUUAUACUUUUCAAUGCUUAGUUACAGAUAUUUAUGCAGAUUAUCACUUUUUUCUAAUUUUAUUUUUUUUACUUUUUGUACUGACAAAAUAAACCUUAAAAGUAUUUAUACCAAUUCCUACGUGGUCGUAGAAGUUGUAAGUAAAUCAAACAGAUUCACAUUUUAUUCUCUAUGUUUUAUUUUAUUGUUAAGGCACUAUGAGACUUACUGGUGCUAGUAAUCUAAUUUUUGUAAUCAAUCAAAUUAGUUAUUACUGUGGUGACUGCAGUCAGAAUGGGAGUGAUCCUCUGCACCAGGUCGGAGAUAACAGGUUGUUAGACAAGCAUCAGAAGAUAACUUGCAGGGAAGGUUGUGCACGUGAGUACCUGCAGGGGUACACCAAGGUGUGGGUACGUGCAGGGGUACACCAAGGUGUAUGUACCUGCAGGGGUACACCAAAGUGUGAGUACCUGCAGGGGGUACACCAAGGUAUGAGUACCUGCAGGCCAUACACCAAGGUGUGAGUACCUGCAGGGGUACACCAAAGUGUGAGUACCUGCAGGGGUACACCAAGGUAUGAGUACCUGCAGGCCAUACACCAAGGUAUGAGUUCCUGCAGGGGUACACCAAAGUGUGAGUACCUGCAGGGGGUACCCCAAGGUGUGAGUACCUGCAGGGGUACACCAAGGUGUGGGUACCUGCAGGGGUACACCAAGGUGUGAGUACCUGCAGGGGUACACCAAGGUGUGAGUACCUGCAGGGGGUACCCCAAGGUGUGAGUACCUGCAGGGGUACACCAAGGUCUGGGUACCUGCAGGGGUACACCAAGGUGUGAGUACCUGCAGGGGAACACCAAGGUGUGGGUACCUGCAGGGGUACACCAAGGUGUGGGUACCUGCAGGGGUACACCAAGGUGUGGGUACCUGCAGGGGUACACCAAGGUGUGGGUACCUGCAGGGGUACACCAAGGUGUGGGUACCUGCAGGGGUACACCAAGGUGUGGGUACCUGCAGGGGUACACCAAGGUGUGGGUACCUGCAGGGGUACACCAAGGUGUGGGUACCUGCAGGGGUACACCAAGGUGUGGGUACCUGCAGGGGUACACCAAGGUGUGGGUACCUGCAGGGGUACACCAAGGUGUGGGUACCUGCAGGGGUACACCAAGGUGUGGGUACCUGCAGGGGUACACCAAGGUGUGGGUACCUGCAGGGGUACACCAAGGUGUGGGUACCUGCAGGGGUACACAAAGGUGUGAGUACCUGCAGGGGUACACCAAGGUGUGGGUACCUGCAGGGGUACACAAAGGUGUGAGUACCUGCAGGGGUACACCAAGGUGUGGGUACCUGCAGGGGUACACCAAGGUGUGAGUACCUGCAGGGGUACACCAAGGUGUAUGUACCUGCAGGGGUACACCAAAGUGUGAGUACCUGCAGGGGUACACCAAAGUGUGAGUACCUGCAGGGGGUACACCAAGGUAUGAGUACCUGCAGGCCAUACACCAAAGUGUGAGUACCUGCAGGGGGUACACCAAGGUAUGAGUACCUGCAGGCCAUACACCAAGGUGUGAGUACCUGCAGGGGUACACCAAGGUGUGGGUACCUGCAGGGGUACACCAAGGUGUGGGUACCUGCAGGGGUACACCAAGGUGUGGGUACCUGCAGGGGUACACCAAGGUGUGGGUACCUGCAGGGGUACACCAAGGUGUGGGUACCUGCAGGGGUACACCAAGGUGUGAGUACCUGCAGGGGUACACCAAGGUGUGGGUACCUGCAGGGGUACACCAAGGUGUGGGUACCUGCAGGGGUACACCAAGGUGUGAGUACCUGCAGGGGUACACCAAGGUGUGGGUACCUGCAGGGGUACACCAAGGUGUGGGUACCUGCAGGGGUACACCAAGGUGUGAGUACCUGCAGGGGUACACCAAGGUGUGGGUACCUGCAGGGGUACACCAAGGUGUGAGUACCUGCAGGGGUACACCAAGGUGUGGGUACCUGCAGGGGUACACCAAGGUGUGGGUACCUGCAGGGGUACACCAAGGUGUGGGUACCUGCAGGGGUACACCAAGGUGUGGGUACCUGCAGGGGUACACCAAGGUGUGAGUACCUGCAGGGGUACACCAAGGUGUGAGUACCUGCAGGGGUACACCAAGGUGUGAGUACCUGCAGGGGUACACCAAGGUGUGAGUACCUGCAGGGGUACACCAAGGUGUGAGUACCUGCAGGGGUACACCAAGGUGUGAGUACCUGCAGGGGUACACCAAGGUGUGAGUACCUGCAGGGGUACACCAAGGUGUGAGUACCUGCAGGGGUACACCAAGGUGUGAGUACCUGCAGGGGUACACCAAGGUGUGAGUACCUGCAGGGGUACACCAAGGUGUGAGUACCUGCAGGGGUACACCAAGGUGUGGGUACCUGCAGGGGUACACCAAGGUGUGAGUACCUGCAGGGGUACACCAAGGUGUGAGUACCUGCAGGGGUACACCAUGGUGUGAGUACCUGCAGGGGUACACCAUGGUGUGAGUACCUGCAGGGGUACACCAAGGUGUGAGUACCUGCAGGGGUACACCAAGGUGUGAGUACCUGCAGGGGUACACCAAGGUGUGAGUACCUGCAGGGGUACACCAAGGUGUGAGUACCUGCAGGGGUACACCAAGGUGUGGGUACCUGCAGGGGUACACCAAGGUGUGAGUACCUGCAGGGGUACACCAAGGUGUGAGUACCUGCAGGGGUACACCAAGGUGUGGGUACCUGCAGGGGUACACCAAGGUGUGAGUACCUGCAGGGGUACACCAUGGUGUGAGUACCUGCAGGGGUACACCAAGGUGUGAGUACCUGCAGGGGUACACCAAGGUGUGAGUACCUGCAGGGGUACACCAUGGUGUGAGUACCUGCAGGGGUACACCAUGGUGUGAGUACCUGCAGGGGUACACCAAGGUGUGAGUACCUGCAGGGGUACACCAAGGUGUGAGUACCUGCAGGGGUACACCAAGGUGUGAGUACCUGCAGGGGUACACCAUGGUGUGAGUACCUGCAGGGGUACACCAAGGUGUGGAGAUCUCUGGGGAUGUUCUGAGGAAUGAAAACAUUUACGGGUGUACGAAGAUGUUGAGACCUCAAGGUGUACUGAAGUAAAGAGUGACUGUAUUAUUAGUGUACUUAAAAUGAAAACAUCACAGAGGGUACAGUAAGGUGAAAACAACACUUAAGAGCACUGGUAUAAGACGCGUGCAAAAGUGUCUGCACUCUUGAAAUGCACGUAGCCAGGCUUAUUAAGUGCAUCGGUGUGACAAUAUUAAUGUACUCGGGAUAGUAUAUGGAGACGAGGACACCAUACCAAGUGCUCAGCAUGAACCAUCGUAACAGCAGUUGGAUGACACUUAUGAUCAAGUUGCCAUAUAUUGCUAUAAAACAUCAUUUUCAUGGGUUUAAGUGAUUCUAUAAAUUGUUAAAAUACCUGAAAAUAAUGUUUUAUAUUAUUUAAAGAUAAAUUAUACUGCAAAUGUGUUCAUAUACAGUGUGUAUGUUACAUAUAUGCUAUUUGGAUGACUGAAUGUUUUCUUUUAAAAAUGAUUUAUGGCUAUUCAAUGCCAAAGAUAUAUUUAUAGAUAGAGAUUAUAAACAGUAUAUAAAGACAUGUUAUCUUGUAUGAACACUUUCUGUACAAUAUGUUAAUAUUCAUUUUGAUCCAAUAUCUGAAACGCUGAAUACCAGCGGGUCUUGGACUCUUUGUUGCAAUAAGUCAAUAUUUUGUUUAAGAACACGAGUCUUGAGUCAUCUGGACAGUCACCUUUAAUGGAGGUGUGUUUCACGAACUUCCUCCCCCAUUUGUAGACUAGCGACAGCUUUCUGCGCACCACUGAGGUAAGUAUGGACAUAUGACUCCUGCUUUCUUGAUAUUUGGCAAGUAAAGAUAAUUACUUAAGACUUCCAUGUUAUCUGAAAAAUUAAUAAUAAUUUAUUCUCCUGACUUAAAAGAUUAUAUCUAGUAUAAUUUGUACAAAUAUUGUAUUUGUUGAAAUGCUGGAGACUGUCACAUUCAUUCCUGAGGUGUUGGGACCACAAGGCCUUGCCCCAGUGGUCAGGAACGACAGCAGUGCUACUUGGUAGGGUGUUGAUCAUUGGUCUGGAUAGGGACAUAGCCAGUUGUGAGCUGGUUUAUAAAAGUGUUGCUGUGUGGGGCCUCAAGCAAUGUUGGCUGGUUCAUAACUUUAAAAAAUUAAAUUGAUAUAAUUUGAUUUCCACCGGUGGUCAGAUUUAUAAAUGUGACUUGCUGUGACAGUCAGGUUUAUAAAUGUAACUCCCUGUAGCAGUCAGGUUUAUAAAUAUGACUCCUUGUAGUAGUCAGGCUUGUAAAUGUGACUCUUCAUAACAGUCGAGUUCGUAAAUGUGACUCCCCCAGUGAUCAGGUUUAUAAAUAUGUAACCAUGUACAGUAUCAGUAUCACAAAAUAUAUAAAAUUUACAACAGUCCAAUACCCAAGAUAAAUAGGGUACCGACCAACAAAGUAUUGGUUUUCAAGAUUACAGCUUGAAAACCUACUGUGGUGGAAUUGAUUACAACACUGUUCCUAAGGAGACUUGAAAUAGGACCAAAUUCGACCAAUAGUGUCAAAAAUAUUCCUUGAAUAGGUAAUUGCUGCAGAACUUUUGCCACCAGGGAAAAUGAUUAACAGUGCUGCCAUUAGGCAUAAUCUUGGCCAAUAAUGGAUGGGGCUUCAACUAGUGACAGACCUGGUGGAGACUGAGAGGGGGACAAAUUCCACUUCAUCUGCCCUUCUCCGUGUCCUGUAUGCCAGCCACUGUCUCUACCAGUUUUCUGACCCCAUGUUGUUACUUCCCUCUGUCUGUUGACCAAUUCUACCUUGGAAUGUACACAACUUGUAAAUAUAUAAUGUAAUUUUGUUGUAAGUAGAAAGUAACACAUUUUUAUCAUGUGUUGUACAAAUGUACAAUCUUUCACUUGAAGUAAAACCUUCUGCCAUA